UCUUCACUUUGUACCCUAAUCUUCCAGCAAAUUUGAAAACGCAAUUUUUUAUGGAAUAAAAUAAAAAGAAACAGCCCAUAAAUAUAUAUACACACACACGCAACGCCGAUUUGUAGAAAAUUGGUUUAUGCUUCUAAAUUUGAAUUUUUUGGAGUUGAUAAUCUAUACGUUCAUAUUCUUUACCAAGUAUUAGUAAAAAAGUUGUGAAUUUUAUUGGGAUUUGAGAUCUAGGCUGCGAGAAAGGAUUUGAAUUGGCUGCUCACAGUUUUGUGAUUAGAUCUGAAUCUGAGAUCAAUCUAGGGUGAUUUCACUCAGAGAAUGCCCCAGGACUCGCCGUCGGAAUCCGACCCGGAUGAUACCGAACCGGAGUUCGUCGAGGUUGAUCCAUCUGGUCGAUACGGUCGGUACAAGGAAAUAUUGGGCAAAGGAGCUUUCAAAAAAGUAUAUAGAGCGUUUGAUGAAUGGGAAGGAAUAGAGGUGGCUUGGAAUCAAGUUAAAGUUGCAGAUCUCUUGAGAAAUUCCGAGGAUUUGGAACGAUUGUAUUCCGAAGUUCACUUGCUAAAAACCCUUAAGCACAAGAAUAUUAUCAAGUUUUACAACUCGUGGAUUGAUGCCAAGAAUGAGCAUAUCAACUUUAUUACAGAAAUUUUCACUUCCGGCACUUUGAGACAGUAUCGGAAGAAGCAUAAACGUGUUGAUGUGAGAGCGUUAAAAAAAUGGUCCAGUCAAAUUCUAGAGGGACUUUCUUAUCUUCAUAGCCACGACCCCCCAGUUAUUCAUCGGGACUUGAAGUGUGAUAAUAUUUUCGUGAAUGGGAACCAAGGGGAGGUGAAAAUCGGUGAUCUUGGACUUGCUGCUAUUCUUCGUCAGGCUCAUUCAGCUCACAGUGUCAUUGGCACGCCGGAGUUCAUGGCACCAGAACUUUAUGAGGAGGAAUACAAUGAGCUUGUAGAUAUCUAUGCCUUCGGUAUGUGCUUGCUCGAGCUGGUGACUGUUGAGUAUCCAUAUGUUGAAUGUGCAAAUGCUGCUCAGAUAUAUAAAAAAGUGACAGCAGGGAUUAAACCUGCAUCAUUAGGAAAAGUGAAGGAUCCUGGAGUGCGAGCCUUUAUUGAAAAAUGUAUUGCAAAAGUCUCUGAGCGGUUAUCAGCCAAAGAACUACUGAAUGAUCCUUUUCUCCAAUCAUACGAGGAUUCUGGAAUUAUAGGUCUAUCCCUGCAUUCUAAUCCCCUAAAUACAGAUGAUAAUGUUGAUCGGUUUGUCCGUGGAAAAUCACCUGAGGAUACCAUGCCCGAGGGAAGUUUAGACUUCUCAGUACAUGGUCAAAGAAAAGACCAAAAUACAAUAUUCUUGAAACUCCGAAUAGCAGAUUCAUCAGGUCAUAUUCGUAAUAUUCACUUCCCAUUUGAUAUUGAGGGGGAUACAUCAACUGCUGUUGCUAGCGAAAUGGUGGAAGAGCUGGAUUUGACGGAUCAUGAUGUCUCUGUAAUUGCGGCUAUGAUUGAUUCUGAAAUUCGAUCUCAUAUUCCAGAUUGGGCACCCAUAGAAAUCAACUGCAAUAGUAUUUUGGAGGAAGCAAUUUCUGAUGAUGCUUCUCACACGGAAAUUGAUUCUGCUCAUUCUGGUGCUUCCCCAAGGGAAAAUGAUUCUGCUAAUUCUGGAACUUCCGCCACAACAAAUGAUUCUGCUCGUCCCGGCCCUCUGAUUUUGGAAAGACUGCCAUCAGGUCGUAGAUUUUGGUCUGAUUCACCCAGAACAAGUGAUGCAACCUCUCCACUGAGGCCAGUUCCAUCAAAGGCAGGAUCAUUGACUUCUGGAGACAGCUUGUCUGAAGAAAAUUCACCAUCCUCAAUUUGUCAUAAGGAUGUGAACAGAUCCCUUGAUGCUUCCCCAAUCAGGCAUGUGGAAAAUGAGUCUGGUCAUGAUGUUUGUAGAAAAGAGGACGAGACUCGUGCUUUUGAAGAAGAUAUAAGACCAAGUGAAAUUGAAUCUAAUGAUCUUAAAAUUAUUGUCAAAAAACUUGAGCAUCUAUUGAACGAACAGCAAAGGGAGCUAGAUGAGCUUAAGCAGAGACAUGAACUGGCUAUCUCAAAUCUUUUGAAUGGACUUCCUCUGGAGAUGCGUAAUAGAGUUCUUAGUAUCUGUGACUUGAAGAUAUCUGAAUAUAAACUGAAUGAUGACACAUGCAAUUUGACUCAUAAGUUAGUGGAUCGAGGAUCCUCCUUGCAGAUAAUGCCAAUAAGUUUUAACACUACCAGGGGAGACCAAAAACAAGACUUGGUUGGUGUAAACCGUAGCUAUGGACCUAUCUUUAGAUACAACUACCGCAUGGCGAGAAGGAAUAUAAAAUCUGACUUGGGAAUUGCAGUGAUUUUAAGCGAUGACUUGGGAAUUUGGUGAUUUUGGGACAUGCGCCGGAACUUAUUCUGUGAACUAAACAGUUGGGUGAUGGUGAUGGUGAUGGUGAUGGUGCUGAGGUGAGGUGACGUGAGGUAUUGUUAGCUGUGGCCUGAUAAUUAUUUUGGACUCAUUCCGUGUAGAUUGCUUUUGUACUUUGUUAUAUAAUUUGUUGGUGGUUUGAUUUUCGUGAAAAGUAUACCUGUACAUAGAAUACAUGUUUGUGUAUUGACAAGACAAAAAGGUUUUUCUUUGUUAUUGCUGUACGUCUAGAUAUAUCUAUAAUUAUUUGGAAUUGUGAAUUUAUGUGAGCGACUUGAAUAGCAGCGUAGAUAGAUUUUAUUGCAUGUCGAACAGGGAUUUCACACUUCA